CGUCGCCAUUCCGCGGCGCUGACGACGCCGAGACCAAGCAGAACAUAUCCUUCGUGCGCUAUCGCUUCGAGCACCUCUACAAGGAGAUCACGCAAGAGGCGACGCGGUUCCUGAUGUUCGUAUUCAAGAAGGUGCCUCUGAAGCGGCCCUCAGCGGAGGAGUGCUACGAGCACCGGUGGCUCGCGCAGUCCGACUUCAUUCACAAGAAGCGCGAGAGAGCUGUGUUCCUGGGCAACAGACUAAAGGAGUUCUCAGAUGAAUACCACGAGAAGAAAGCUCGUGAAGCGUCACAAGCAGACACCGUAGCGACGGCCUUCGGUCAAGUGGCAGCGCGGCAUCUCACGCGCUCUAACAGCAUCCAGGAGGAACUGCUCACCAACUUCUCCAGCCACUGACCACCGCUCAUCACACUCACCAUCCGUGAUCACACUGACUUCAUUCAUUCAUCACCGUUCCCUAUUAAACAAUAAUCUAUUAAUCUGUUCGAAAAGUCCUAAAAUCAUUAAUUGUCUAAGGUCGUUUUUAUAAUGAAUGGAAUUGAAAUCUGUUGAAAUGUUAACGUAAAUUUUUUAUUUUGUAAUUUAUUUUUACUUUCACUGUCAACUAAAAUAUGUUAAUAUUUAAAUACUCACUCACAAGUUGUAACACAAACAAUAUAAACCGAUCGUAAAACUUAAUUCAUAUCGUCAUAAAACUCUAGUCGAAAGAAUGUAACGAAUCAAUUUAGUUUUAAUUUAUUUAUACAAAUUUGUACUAUUUAUUAACUUAUAUUGGUUAAUUGCUUCAGUAUUAUUGAAGGCAAUAAAUGGAGUUUUGCUGUAA